UGGGAGUCCGGGGCCGCCCCACACCCGCACUUCUCCCGGGUUUCUGCUCUCCGCCCGUGGGGAGUGGUGGGGGCUUGGGUGGGAAGGGGCGUGUGCCAGCGCACGCGCGCUCCCGAGAAGGAGAGGUCUCGGCUAGAACGAGAGGCCCUAGGUUUUCGGGAGGGAGGAACAGGGAUGUUUGCUAGCGGCUGGAACCAGACGGUGCCGACGGAAGAAGCGGGCUCCAUGGCUGCCCUCCUGCUGCUGCCCCUGCUGCUGUUGCUACCGCUGCUGCUGCUGAAGCUACACCUCUGGCCGCAAUUGCGCUGGCUCCCGGCAGACUUGGCCUUUGCGCUGCGCGCCCUGCGCUGCAAAAGGGCUCUUCGAGCUCGCGCCCUGGCCGCGGCUGCCGCCGACCCGGAAGGUCCCGAGGCGGGCUGCAGCCUGGCCUGGCGCCUCGCGGAACUGGCCCGGCAGCGCCCCGCGCACACCUUUCUCAUUCACGGCUCGCGGCGCUUUAGCUACUCGGAGGCGGAGCGCGAGAGUAACAGGGCUGCACGCGCCUUCCUACGUGCGCUCGGCUGGGACGGGGGUCCCGGCGGCGGCGACAGUGGCACGCGGAGCGCUGGAGAAGGCGAGCGCGCGGCGCCGGGAGCCGGAGAUGCAGCGGCCGGAAGCGGCGCGGGGCUUGUUGGAGGGAACGGUGCGGCCAGAGGUGGAGGAGCCGCCGCCCUUCUGGCACCUGGAGCAACCGUGGCGCUGCUCCUCCCCGCCGGCCCAGAGUUUCUGUGGCUCUGGUUCGGGCUGGCCAAGGCUGGCCUGCUCACGGCCUUUGUGCCCACCGCCCUGCGCCGGGGCCCCCUGCUGCACUGCCUCCGCAGCUGCGGCGCGCGCGCGCUGGUGCUGGCGCCAGAGUUUCUGGAGUCCCUGGAGCCGGACCUGCCCGCCCUGAGAGCCAUGGGGCUUCACCUGUGGGCUGCAGGCCCAGGAACCCACCCUGCUGGAAUUAGCGAUUUGCUGGCUGAAGUGUCCGCUGAAGUGGAUGGGCCAGUGCCAGGAUACCUCUCUUCCCCCCAGAGCAUAACAGACACGUGCCUGUACAUCUUUACCUCUGGCACCACGGGCCUCCCCAAGGCUGCUCGGAUCAGUCAUCUGAAGAUCCUGCAAUGCCAGGGCUUCUACCAGCUGUGUGGUGUCCACCAGGAAGACGUGAUCUACCUCGCACUCCCACUCUACCACAUGUCCGGCUCCCUGCUGGGCGUUGUGGGCUGCUUGGGCAUUGGGGCCACAGUGGUGCUGAAGUCCAAGUUCUCAGCUGGUCAGUUCUGGGAAGAUUGCCAGCAGCACAGGGUGACCGUGUUCCAGUACAUUGGGGAGUUGUGUCGAUACCUUGUCAACCAGCCCGUGAGCAAGGCAGAACAUGGCCAUAAGGUCCGGCUGGCAGUGGGCAGCGGGCUGCGCCCAGACACCUGGGAGCGUUUUGUGCGGCGCUUUGGGCCCCUGCAGGUGCUGGAGACAUAUGGACUGACAGAGGGCAACGUGGCCACCAUCAACUACACAGGACAGCAGGGCGCUGUGGGGCGUGCUUCCUGGCUUUACAAGCACAUCUUCCCCUUCUCCUUGAUUCGCUAUGAUGUCACCAUAGGAGAACCGAUUCGGGACCCCCGGGGGCACUGUGUGGCCACAUCUCCAGGUGAGCCAGGGCUGCUGGUGGCCCCGGUAAGCCAGCAGUCUCCAUUCCUGGGCUACGCUGGGGGGCCGGAGCUGGCCCAGGGGAAGUUGCUAAAAGAUGUCUUCCGGCCUGGGGAUGUUUUCUUCAACACUGGGGACCUGCUGGUCUGCGAUGACCAGGGCUUUCUCCGCUUCCACGAUCGUACUGGAGACACCUUCAGGUGGAAGGGGGAGAAUGUGGCCACAACCGAGGUGGCAGAGGUCUUUGAGGCCCUGGAUUUUCUUCAGGAGGUGAACGUCUAUGGAGUCACUGUGCCAGGGCAUGAAGGCAGGGCUGGAAUGGCAGCCCUGGUUCUGCGUCCCCCCCACUCUUUGGACCUUAUGCAGCUCUACACCCACGUGUCUGAGAAUUUGCCACCUUAUGCCCGGCCCCGAUUCCUCAGGCUCCAGGAGUCUUUGGCCACCACAGAGACCUUCAAACAGCAGAAAGUCCGGAUGGCAGAGGAGGGCUUCGACCCCAGCACCCUGUCCAACCCACUGUACGUUCUGGACCAGGCUGCAGGUGCCUACCUGCCCCUCACACCUGCCCGGUACAGCGCCCUCCUGGCAGGGGACCUUCGAAUCUGAGACCUUCCACGCCUGAGGCACCUGAGAGAAGGACUCUGUGGGGUGGGGGCCGUUGCAGGGGUGCUGGGCUGUCAGGGACCUUUGCUAUACCAGAACUGCGGUCACUAUUUUGUAAUAAAUGUGGCUAGAGCAGAUCCAGCUGUCUUUCUGACCUACA